CAACUGAACCCCGCCCUACCAACCAACCAACUCACACGUUAUCCAUCCAUCCAUCCCACUCCACAAACAUCACACCCCGAGCAAGCACGUGUGACGGAGCCAUGAAGGUCAGAAUAAGGAAAUGGAACGCGGUAGCCAGCUGGCGUUGGGAUGUCCCUGAAGAUGACGUCUGCGGAAUCUGUCGCGUCCAGUUCGACGGAACAUGUCCGAAUUGCCGAUUUCCCGGAGACGAUUGUCCACUACUGGUCGGGAAAUGCGGACAUUCAUUUCACUUGCACUGCGUAAACGACUGGAUCCAGACGGAAAGCUCGAGAGGCCUCUGUCCCAUGUGCCGGCAGAAAUUUGAAUUCGUCGCCGAGUAAUGGCUACAUAAGAUGAGCGUAUAAGGGUUGAUUGAGUCGUGCCAAAUCAAGCCAAGUGAGGUCAGGCCGGGGGGGGGAGGCGUUCUGGUCAGAUCAUUCGGAGUGAAAACUCGCUAGGGUUCAUGUGGUUAUGCCAUCAAGUUCUUUUAAUCCUCAGCAUUCGCCAAGCCAGUUCAAAAUCGUAUCAUACCUGUACUCGUACUAUCGUGCCGGUAUUCGCGUCGCGUCACGCACCGUGGAGGAACACGUGAUCUGAGCCUCAACCUCACUCCAGCAACGAGUAACCUCAAAUGUCCGAACCCCUCCAACUUAAGGCAAGGCUAUCAUACAAUACCGUACCUUCCGUCAUCAUACCUCAACGUCCACCGCCACAACUACCCAACCUUCACAGAAUACAAUACCGGUACAAUACACACGACCACGAGAAGCACAACAAAAACUAAAGAGAAACCACAACCCCCAAAAAAAAACCCAAAAA